UUUUCUUUUCUUUUCUUUUUUUUAUACAAGCAAUGUCACAGAUUCCACCUCACCGUAUAAACAAUCCUCACUUUGAGCAGCCACCGCAAUCACCAAUCAACCCAACGCUUUACCCAAAGCCACAUUAUAUACCACAGGAUACAUAUGCUUCUAUGCCUCAGAGCACUGUUCCUAAUUACUCGCCACCACUUAUGGCUAUGCCUCUUCCUCAACCUGUUAUGCCACAGGCACCUUACUAUGGUGCACUACAGCCUCCAAUCGAACGACUGCCGCAGCCCGCAGUUCCUUCGGAUAUAACUAUUCAAAGUGUAGACUCGUUAACGACCAAGUCCGCUGUGGUUGAAUGUCCCCACUGUCACCAACUCGUUUUGACUGUGGUUGAUUAUGAUGUGGGUCUACUGACUGGAUUAUCGAUGGUUGGGUUAUACAUGCUGGGAUGCCAUAGUGGAGGGUGUUUGAUACCUUACCUUUUUCCUUGGACAAAGGAUGUUGUCCAUAGCUGUCCCGCUUGUAAAGAAAAGAUUGCUACUUUUACAAGACUGGAAAGAGAUACGCAUGUUCAUGCAGCCUAUGACAGACAAUAAAAAGCAACCUCAUAAUGACCAUGUUUUCUUCUUUUUCUCUCUUUAUUUACGGCAAAUACUGUACAUACACCAGACAAUGCACCAAAAAAUAGGCUAAUACUACAGACACUUCCUUGGGGCGUUACAUGUGAAGUCACUAUACAACUUCACACUACCAAAGUCUCUGCC